AUGAUCUGUGCCCCAACGGCCGAGAUCUUUCAAAAGUGUCAUGGCGAUGAUGAGAAGGUAAUACAGGCGCUAUUCUCGCUGGCACGCAAACUUCAUUCAUGCAUCAUAUUCAUCGAUGAGGCCGACGCGAUGCUCGGGAACCGCAAGGCCGGCGAGAGGCGCCAUAUCCGCGCCAUGCUGAAACAGUUCCUCAUUGAAUGGGACAGACUGAUGAACGGGCUCGAUUCAUCCUUUGUCAUGCUUGCCACCAAUAGGCCAACUGAUCUCGACCCGGCCGUUCUGCGUCGCGCACCUGAGCGGAUCCACCUCGAUCUUUCAAGUUCAGCACAACGGAGCGGCAUCCUGCGACUACUACUGACGGGCGAAAAGGGUCGUGGAGAACGAAAUUCAGUUCAAAACCAUGGUGAAGUGGCCGCCAGCAACGCGCAACAGAGUUUGUCGUCCGCGCACACAGGUUCAGAUUCGAAGGUGCCCUUGGAUGAUGAAAGUGCGCCCGCCAUAGAGAACCCUCUGAGACCGAAUUCACAAGAUCCGCAGGAUGGGGUCAAGCCUCAGGACAGAGCACAAAACACUGACCAUUCCAACGCUACCACAUCGAGCGAGGAGGUAAAAACAGUGGAAGCCGCUUCGGAUCGGCCGAAAGCCGACAGCAAGGCGCUCGAUAAGGCAAUGUGUCUGAUUGAACUGGAGCAAGUCAAAUCUGAGCUUCUCCAGGACAACGCCGUCAUCGAUGCCAGGCGCAGACGGGGCGAGGAUUUACCUGGAAACGCCAUUGUAUGGAAUGUGCAGGACAAUACAGGCGUUGGGCAGGAUCGAGAAAAACAUUCGUUUGAGAAUCUUGAUACCGUCAAGAAGCCGUUGCAAAAGGUGGUUCAUUGUCAGGCCGUAAGGCUACAUCGCGACCGUAUCGAAUGGAACUUGCGGGAGACGAGCAAAGCAUACCGCGAAAUCAAGGCAAUGGCCGGAUUGAAAGUGUUCAAAGAGGCCAUCGAGGAGCCUAUGGACCUUGGCCGAGCAAUCUAUGAUUUCGAGCUGCAAGGCAAGGAACGGAUCAAGGUCAACCUCGACCGCGCCUUCUUGGGCCAACCGGGAACAGGCAAGACAACAGCGGCGAAACUGUUUGGUCAUGUUUUGAUCGAUUUGGGUCUGGGGUAUAAUAAAGAAGUGGUUUGCAAGGACCCAAGGGACUUGAUAAGUUUCAGCAGCGCCUUUGCCAUUGAAAAGACGCACGAGACACUUAUCGCCGGGGAGGGCAAAGUCCUCAUCAUCGAUAACGCUUCCAAACUAUGUCUAGAUGCUUCGAGUAGCGCCUCUGCAGACUCCGACAGAAAAGACCGGCCGCUCUUUUCAAUCACAGACACGCUUGCCAACGACGCGUUCGCGUCCUCGGGCCAGGAUGGCGACCGCAUAUUCCUCGCGGGAGAGGCUCAGGGCUUGCGUGACAUGUUUGACAAAUGUCACCGGGGACUGCGCACCAGGUUCUCUCCUGACGAAGCGUUCGAGUUUCCGGAUUAUGACCCUCCUGAGUUGAUCAAGAUGGUGGAGGCGAAGCUCACUUCUCCCAACGGGAGAGACAUCGAGACGCUGGCGGCCGAGAUCGUCGGAGAGGUGUACUGCAGGGAGGGCAGGAGGGGGCAGAAGUAUGCAAGGCUGCAGGUCUCGACCAAGGAGCUGCUCGAGUUUUUGAAGCGCAUGCUGAAGGGACGGCGUGCUGGGGAGUUGGUGGAUGAGGAGUGA